AUGUAUAUAAAAACUUUAAUUUUAUUAAAUAUAGUAUUAUGCAUUUAUAACAUUUUAGCAACAAAAUAUAGCAAAAAUGUCAAAAGAGUCAAAAAAGUAUACAUUAAUACAGUACACACUGCUGCUUACAAAUUGGGGUGCUCCAAUUUAAUAAAAAAAAAAAGAAUGCAUAACCCCAUAAGACGUAAUAAAAAACAUAGUAAUAAAAGUAAAAGUGUCGAAUAUAAUGAAUACGGUAUGAAUAUAAAAUUUUUAAAAAUAAAUGAAAACAAAGUGAUAGAAAAUUUAAAAAAAAGAUGUAUGGAAACAAACAUAAAUGACGUAAUGAUAUUAAAAAAUUUAAUAGACACAAAAAAUAAACUCGAAGUAGUAAGAAAUGAUCUCAGAAAUAAACGAAAAUUAUUAUCAGAUAAUGUUAAAAAUUUGAUAUUUUCUCAAAAAGACACAACAAUUAAAAAGGUAAUACAAAGGGAAUUUUCGUGUAAUCCUAAGAAGGAAAAAAAGUCAGAAUCGUCCUUAAAUAAUGACAAUUUUAAUAAUAGUCAAAAUGACAUUUUCGACAAUUCCAAUGUGAUGGAACAAAACGAACAAAUACGAACUCGUCACUCAGAAUUAAGUAGUGAUGAAAAAAAUGAACAUUUACAAAAUGUUAAUAUACAGAAAAAAAUAGAGAAGGUUAAAAACGAGAUGAACGAAAUCAACAAUAGUAUUGAUCUAAGUGAAGCAAAGAUAUUAAAUUUAAAAUUGCAAAUAGAUGAAUAUUUUAAUAAACUACCAAACAUCUUAUUGAGUAAAGUCCCUGAGGGUAGAACGGCCAACGAUAAUAAAAUAGUCAAGACAUAUAAAAUAAAAAAUAUCGAAAUUAAUAAAGCUAAUACUUUUUUAGAAUCUCAUGAAAAUAUUAUAAAAAGAUAUGAUAACAAUAGUAUCUUUUCAAAUAUAUCUAAUAAAAUAGGAUUUGGGUACAAUAUACUCGUAAAUAAUAUAGCAAAAUUGGAAAGAGCUCUAAUACAUUUUAUGAUAAAUACUCAUGUAAAUAAGUUUAUGUAUACUUAUGUAAAAACUCCAGUAAUUGUAUCCAAAAGUGCAUUAAUAAAUACAGGUCAAUUACCAAGGUUUGAAAAUGAUAUAUUUAAAAUUAAUAGCAAUUAUAAAAUUAUAAAUGAGGAAGCCUAUUUAAUACCAACAAGUGAAGUCUCCUUAUUAAAUUUAUUUAAAAAUUCGUUAGUAGAUUAUGAGAAGCUACCUAUUAAAUUAGUUAGUCAUUCAUCCUGUUUUAGAAUAGAAAAAAAUUUUGCUUACGGUAAAACAACCAAAGGAUUAUUACGUGAACAUAUUUUUGAAAAAGUAGAAUUAAUAGCUAUUACUGAUAGAAAAACAUCUCCUUAUUAUUAUAAAGAUUUAAUUAAACACUGUGAAUAUAUUUUAAAGAAAUUAAAAAUACCAUACAGAUUGGUACUACUAAAUUCCAGUGAAACACCAUUCUCUUCAUCAGUAUGUUACGAUAUAGAGGCAUGGUUACCUAGUCAGAAAAGAUUCAUUGAAGUAUCUUCUUGCUCCAACUGUUUAGAUUUUCAGUCAAGGAAAUUACAUUUAAAAUAUAAAAAAGGUAAUAAAAAUUUUUAUUGUCAUACCAUCAAUGGAUCAGGUUUGGCUGUCGGAAGGGUUUUAGCAAUUAUAUUAGAGCAGUACCAAAUACAACGAAAUUCAAAAAACGAACAAAAUCAGUUAAUUAUACCUAAACCCUUGCAAAGAUAUAUGAACGCAGCAACAAUAAACCUUUAA